AUGGCGACCGGGGAGCUUGUGACGUCCCUUGCGCUCGCCAUUGGGGAGGAGCUCCUCUCUGCCCCGCGACACCGCAUGCCACUCGGCCGACUCGCCGCUGCUCUGGCAGCCACACCGGCAUGGACAGCCAUUGCCCCGCUGGGCAAGGGCAAGGGCAAGGACAAGGGCGGGAAGCGUGGGCAAAAGGUGACGGUGAGCUACGUGGCGCCACCACCACAGCCUACCUUUGCACUCCGCCCCAUCGCCUCGCAGCGGUCGACGGCCGGCGGCAAGGCGGUGCCGCUGGACGACUCGCGCCUGUUCCCGCUUGUCGAGCUCACCAGUGGCGGGUACUCGAUGUGCAACUCGGCGGGCAACUGCCGGUUCGGCGACGAGUGCAAGUGGGCGCACUCGUACGAAGAGUCGUGCUACUGGAACGCCAUCACCGAGUGGCCCGGCUCGGCCGGGUGGACCUCGUUCUACCACAUCCUCGACGUCUCGGUCGACUUUGCCUACGUCGACCUGUUUGACUUUCUCGGGCCUGACGGCGGCGACGACUUUGUCUACCGGCCCGAGGACUUUGGCCCGGACCCGGUGCCGUCGCCGUCGUCGGCGCUGGUGAGCCUUCCGGCGCCGACGCCGACGCCGGCCAUUCCCGACGCCGACUCGCUGGCCCUCGCUGCGCCGCCUGAUGAGUACGUCAGGCCGUCGGCGGACGGGCAGCCGACCAAGCUCUCCGAGGCGGCGCUGGGCGCAGUGCCGGCUCCGCUUCUCCGCGCGCUGGCGGUUCUCCUGCGGCGGACGGUCUACGCCGCGCCGCUGAGCGUUCUCCGCGUCUCGUCGCUCGCUCAGCUCGUGUGCGAGUCGUGGGAGUGGCUGCAAGUCGCUGCUGAGCUCCCGCCGACCACCUCCCUCCAUGAUCUGCUGCUCUCUGCGGCGAGCAAGCUCGGGCUUGCUGUGGAGAGGGGCAUGGCUGGCGUUUACGCUUACGCGCGGGUCUGCCUGUGGGAGGACGUGGCGAGCGCGACAGCGCUGGCGCUGCACCUCGCGCCGCCGAGCGGCAUGCCGACGUUUCCGCUCUGGAGCGAGAGCCACCAGCGCAAGUUUGCCUGCGCCCACUGCUACACCGAACCGGCCGGCUCGGCUGCGUUUGGCAUUGUCGACUACCUCGACGAGGCGCCGCCGCUGGGCAUGCCGGCGCAGGUCGACCCGCACUCGUCUGAUCCGCUGACCUUCAAGCGCGGCGCAUGCCCCAAGUGCCACAAGCCAUGGCACUGCCUCAUUCUCGCCUCGGCCAAGAACAGCAGCCCCAUGUGGACGCCCAUCCGGCCGUGCCCCAUUGUCAACUGCGCGCCGCCCAAGCGGUUCAUCCUCUGCAACUCGGGCCCGGGCGCCUGCCGCUCCGGUACCGACUGCGGCUUUGCCCACUCGGAGGUCGAGCUCCACGAGUGGAACUACGACCGCCCAUCGAUCGACGACCGCAUCGUAGCCCUCCUCGCUGCGCAGGCCUUUCCCCAGCGCCUCGUCCCGUCGGUCGUUGCCUCGCUCCGGAACACGGCCGAGACUUCGCGCGACCGGACCAUCAUGUGCGACAAGCUCGACGGCCACAGCAACAAGCGCCAUCUCUGGCUGCCGCACAUUCCUGACGAUGUCUUGCCGUCGCCGGCGGCGGCAGCGGCGACGGCAGCACCCGAUGCCGCAGCCUACCCGCAUGCCGCCGUCCCGGGCUACGGCGGCGGCGCCGGGUAUGGACCUGCGGACGUGCGCCAAGGCCUCGCGCCGGGCGAGCAGCAGACGGCCAUGCAGCAGGCCAUGCAGCAGCAGGCCAUGCUCCAGCAGCAGGCCAUGCUCAAGCAGCAGGCCCUGCUCUUGCAGCAUCAGCACCACCACCAGCAGCCGGCGCAGGCACACCACCACCACCACCACCUCGGUAGCAUGUCGCUUGCCGGCUUGUCGGUCGGCGGCCGGUCGGUCGACGGCGUGCCAAUGGGCGGGAUGCCGAGCAUGCCACCGGUGGUGGCCGGCGGCGGUGGUGGCCAGGGCCUCGUCGGCGUGCUGGGCCAGCUGAGUACGGGCGGCGGCCUGGUGGCUGCUGGCGCCGAACCGGCACCCAAACCUGAGCCGGUGCUUGAGGCUCAGCCUGAGGCUCAGCCUGAGGCUCAGCCUGAGGCUCAGCCUGAGUCUGAGCCGGCGUCGUCGCCGUCGCUGCCCGAGUUCGGGCAAGAGCUUGACGUAUCGGUCGCACGCCUGCCGCGGCUUGUGGAGGAGGCAACAGCGGGCGGGAUGCCGAACGUGCAGGUUGCUGGCGCGCUGGCGGCGCUGCUGUACCCGGGUGGGGCGCGGAGCGAGGUCGAGGUGUUUGUGGACGUGAGCGCGGUGGCGCUGCCGGCGUGCGACCAGUUUGUGGAGUACGUGCUGGAGGCCAUGCAGACGGAGCCCGACAAGCGGCUCCACGCUCUCGGCACGCUGCUUCGGGCCGGGCCGGCGAGGGCGGCGACGAUGUUCCACGACCUGCUUCUGCUGGAGCAGCUGGCGUCGACCGAGGCGCUGCUGGCGACGGUGGCGUCGUCGCCAGCGACGCCGGAGCUGCGGCGGUUCGCGGCCGACCUGACGCCUGUGGGGCUGACAGGCCUGGACCCGUCGGCGGUGGUGCAUCUUGCCGGGCGCGCUGCGGUGCUCAACGGGGCAGAGCCGAUGCUGCUGGUCAAGCUCGCCGAGUCUGCGGAGGUGCCUGUGGUGGUACCGCUGCUUGGGGCGUCGCCUGCGCUGGGCGAGCUUGUUGUGGCGCUGCCGUCGCCGAUUGCGGCAGCGCUCUCACCGGAGACGGCGCUUCUGGUGGCGGCGGGCGAGUUGACGGUGACCGAGGCAAGCGAGUAUACCUUUGCACACAUGGCGAUCAACGCGGCGCGGCUGGAGACGCUGGUGUGCGGCAGCGGGUGCGAAGAGAGCAGGAGCAAGCCGCUGGCCGAGUCGCCCGAGGCUGCGGCGGGGGUGGCGGGCGAGCUCGGGUGGGCCAGCGACGCGGCCGACGCGCUCGAGCUCGCGCUCUCGGGCGCACACGGUGGUGUGGCGGUCAUCUCCGCGGCGGCCGGGAGCGGGACGGCGGCACUGGUGGCGACGAUUGCGGCGGCUUGCAGCGGGGCCAAGGCGAGCGGGGCGGUGGCGCACAUUGCGGCGGCGAGCGGGCGGGGCAGCGGGCGGGUGGCGGUCACGGUGCCGCACCGCAACGCGCUCGCGGCGUUUGGCAGCGAGCUCGCCGCAGUCCUGCCUGGCCAAGCGGGCGAGGUGGUGAUGGCGCUCGGGGUGGGCGAGGAGGCUGUGGGCGCGGUGCCCGGGGCGUGCGGCCCGCUGCCGAGCUACGAGGUGGCGAGUCGGGCGGAGCAGUUUGCUGCGGCGCGGGUGGUGAUGGCGACGGCGGCCGGCGCGGCGCGGAUGCACGCCUCGGGCUGCGGCGGCGAGUUUGCGGCGGUGGUGGUGGUGGAGCGUGGCCCGGUGGGCUCGCUGACGGGCAAGAGCGCGGCGUGGGCCGGGCCGCUGGCGCUGGCCUCGCCGGGGAGCACGGUGGUGGUGGUGGCGGCGACAGGCUCGGCGGCGAGCGUGGUGCCUGGUGCUGCGAGCGCAGAGCGCGCCGAGGCAGCGGCGGCGGACGACGCGGCGGUGGGCGCGACGACUGCGGCGUCGCUCUCGCCGACCUUUGGCUCUGUGUGGGCGCCGGGGACGUCGCGGCUGCUGGGCGGGCUGGCGACGCUGCCGCUGGCGGCGGUGGUGGCGCCAGCAACGCCGGCGGUGGUGGUGCGGACGGUGGUGGAGGCGCACGCGACGCUGGCGGCUCCACGUGCGGCGUUGGGCGAGGCCGGGCUGGUGGCGCCGCAUCCGGCGUCGGUGAUGGAGGCAGUGGGCGGCGGCGGACGCGGUUGGAUGCCUGAGGCGAGCCGGGUGCUGGCGUCGGACGCACUCUCUGCGCGGGCGCGGGUGUUUCGGCUGGAGCCUGCGGGCGAGGCCAUGGCCAUGGCGCUUGUCUCUGCGCUUGCGCUUCUCGGCACGGCGCUGGGCCUGCCGCUGGACGCUGUCGGAGCCAUCGGCGCUAGUGCGGGCGAGGGCGCGGUGUCUGCGGCGGUGGUUGUGGGCGACGCGGCGAGCGCGCGCGAGCUCGCGUGCGCUAUGGGCACUGCGCUGCCGGCGUGGGCGGAGGUGACGCCGGCGGCGGCGAUCUCUGCGGCGGCGCAGAGCUUUGACGUUGUCAUUGUCGUUGCGGCGGGCGCGAUGGCGGCGUCGGAAGCGGCGGCGCGUGUAGCGGCGGGCGCGGCGCGUGCGGCACUGGUCGUUGUCGUCCCGCACGGCGGCGAUGGCGGAGUGUGGGCCGGAGUAGCGGCAGCGGCGGACGGGGAGGCGGCGUGGGAGGGCUGGGCGCUAGAGUCUGGUGCCUGGCUUGCGUCGCAGCAGCGGCGUGAGGUGCAGCAUGCGCUGGCGACGGCCGAUGCGGCGCUCCGCCACGCCCUCGCCGCCAUGUCGCCGGUCCUUGCGCUCUCUGCGCCGCUGCGCCAGCUUGCGCAGGCGGUCAGCACCGCCGCGGGAGCGCUGGGCGCGCCCGAGAUCGACUACGUGAGCGAGAUCCGCAGCGGGAGCGUCGUGGGGGGCGGGAGCGACGACGGCGGGCUUGUGGGCUUGUCCGGCCUUGUGGGGCUCGGUAGCCUGCCUGGCCUGCCUAGUCUGUCUGAGCUCCCUGGUCUGUCUGGCUUGUAA